CUCAUUCAGGCUCAGCAGUCAGGCAGUGUAAUGCAAACACACAACACAGGGCUGGAUUUCUGUAAGCUGCCUGGAUCCCAAGGCAAAGCUCUCUGGAGGUGAGGGGGGACUCUGUCUGCUGGGUUUAGCAAUCAGGAUCAGCUGUGACCACCAUACCAGCUAGCCCAGACGCCACGAUGGUGGCAAAGGAUUACCCGUUCUACCUAACAGUCAAACGAGCAAACUUGACUCUGGAAGUGAAGGCUGCAGCUACUCCCAUCAAUGGAGCAGAGGAACCUAGUACUAAGCGGGUUAAACCACUGUCCAGAGUCACAUCACUUGCCAACCUUAUACCACCGGUGAGGGCAACACCCCUAAAACGCUUCAGCCAAUCACUGCAGCGCUCCAUAAGUUUCAGGAGUGAUAGCCGGCCUGAAUUGUUUACCCCUCGACCAUGGGCAAGAAAUGCCCCCCCUGCCAUCACAAAACGAAGAGACAGCAAGUUAUGGAGCGAGACCUUCGAUGUUUGUGUCAACCAGGUCCUCACGUCUAAAGAAAUCAAACGCCAGGAGGCUAUUUUCGAGCUAUCACAAGGAGAGGAAGAUUUAAUAGAAGAUUUGAAGUUGGCAAAAAAGGCAUACCAUGACCCCAUGCUGAAACUCUCAAUAAUGACAGAGCAGGAAUUAACCCAAAUAUUCGGGACCUUGGACUCCCUUAUCCCGCUGCAUGAAGAUCUCCUUCGAAGGCUCCGUGAAGUCAGGAAACCUGACGGAUCCACAGAGCAUGUCGGCCACGUCUUAGUGGAAUGGCUGCCCUGUUUAAACUCAUAUGACAGUUACUGCAGUAAUCAGGUGGCAGCAAAAGCCCUUCUGGAUCACAAGAAGCAGGACCACCGGGUGCAGGAUUUCCUCCAGCGGUGCCUCGAGUCACCUUUUAGCCGCAAACUAGACCUAUGGAAUUUCCUUGACAUCCCAAGAAGUAGACUUGUAAAGUAUCAUUUACUACUGAAAGAGAUCCUGCGGCAUACCCCCAACGAUCACCCGGACCAACAGCAUCUCGAAGAAGCUAUUAAUAUCAUUCAAGGGAUUGUGACAGAAAUUAAUGUAAAAACCGGGGAGUCCGAAUGUCAUUAUUAUAAGGAGAGAUUGAUUUAUUCCGACGAGUGCCAAAGAGACCCACUGAUAGAUAAUUCCAGAGCUCUGUGCUGUCACGGGGAACUGAAAAACAACAGGGGAGCGAAGUUUCACGUCUUCCUGUUUCAAGACGUUCUGGCCAUCACAAGAACGAUAACUCAAAAUGAGAAGCCUUACUACCAGCUGUACCGGCAACCCAUCCCAGUGAGAGAUCUUGUUGUAGAAGACCUACAGGAUGGAGAGGUGCGACUAGCGGGGUCGUUACGAGGAGCCUUUAGCAACAACGAGAGAAUUAAGAAUUUCUUCCGAGUUGGCUUCAAAAACAAUGUACACAGCCAGUCUUAUUCUCUGCAAGCGAAUGACAGUUUCAACAAGCAGCAGUGGCUCAACUGCAUCCGACAAGCCAAAGAGUCUGUUUUAUGUUCUGGGGGAGAUGAAAUGCUGACCUCAGAGGGACACUAUUUAAUAUCUCCCGGUGUAAAUAGAAACUCCCAGCCACCAACGAGGUUUGAGCAAAUGGAACAAUCGGACAGUAUUUCAGACUGCAGCAUGGACACGGGAGAGGUUGGCAUGGACUGUGAGCACAUGGAACAGACAGACUCAAAUGCUGACAGCCGGCAUGUGGAAAGCGAUGUUUGAUAAGACACUUGGUGUCUUCUGGAAAUGGCGACUUGUUACCUGUACAGUAUUUGCAUUCCAAAGAAGCACUUUCAAAACUAACGUCUUUGCUUGUAUUAUCCAUUGACAUUAGUACCGUAACCACAACAUCGGCUCACUUGUCCUCUACAAUCAGAACGGCAGCAUCUCUGUGAGCGUUUACCGUGGCUCGGGUUAGAUGACAUGCUGGUGAAGCUAAUGUAUGACAUUAAACCACCUGCAGUCUGUGUGAGUUACAUGGAGGGUACAUGUUUACUGUUACAGCUUAACACUGUAUCUCAUAAAAGUAUCAUUAGUCCGUAUAUAUUUGAAUGAAGUAGAAUCCCAGUAUGUACAAUACAGAUAGUUAUUAUUUUGUGAAGAAAAUCUUUGCAUCCAAAGAGUUAUUAGCCAACUGUAUUAGCAAAACACAUGUAGGUCAUUAGACAAAGCUGGCACAUGCCAAGGUUUCCUAAUUAACCCACUUAUUAUCCGAACCAGAGAAACUAUAUAUACUUUUUUAUUUUGGGCAAAUGGAUUCUAAUGUGAAAAGAGUUUGGCUGCAAAAAAACAAAUCACCUGAUGUUGUAUGUAUGUAGAUAGAGGGUCAUUUCAGGUACGAGGUCAGUUAAGAGUCUGCAUAGUGGAACUGUUGGAAUGGUGCUCCAAAGCAGACUGUGACAGCUCCUCGUUCUGAGAGGCUCAGCCGGGCGUGUCGAAUAUCUGCUUACAGAAUUCUGCAAACUUGCAAAAAAAGGCAGAAUGCUAAAUGGCCUCUGUAUAUUGUAAAAAUCCCCCUAGCUUUUGCAGUGACAAGGAAGACACCGUACUGCUAUAUAAAUCACUUUGUCUAGCACAGCACAGGUAUAACGCAAUUAGAUCGGAUACUGGGGCAGAACCGAGACUAAAACCAAAUGAGGACGCCUAACAUGUUAUUAGUCCCUUAAAAAAAUUAUAUGGUGUGAUAAUCGCACAUAAUUAGGCAGGGUUA